UGAGUCCUUUUCCUUUUUUGACGUUACUUACUAUUAUCUUCCAGCCGAAACAUAAACUAUUACCCCUUUUUGGAUAACUUCUUUUCCAUUUUCGUUCUUCAAUUUUUUUGUGAUCUCAAAAAUCUUUGAUGGGGAGAUUAUUUGUGUUGACUCUUGAAGGCAACAUCUACAGCUGCAAGCACUGUGGAACACAUCUUGCCCUUUCUGAAAACAUUGUUUCCAAGUCUUUCCAGUGCAGACAUGGGAAGGCUUAUCUCUUCAGGAAGGUGGUGAAUGUCACUUCUGGUGAGAUAGAAAAUAGAAUGAUGAUGACUGGUAUGCACACUGUGGCAGACAUUUUCUGUGUCUGUUGUGGGUCAAAUGUUGGAUGGAAAUAUGAGACCGCCCAUGAGAUGAGCCAAAAGUACAAAGAAGGAAAAUCAGUGCUUGAGCGGUUUAAGAUUUGUGGCCCUGAUGGAAGCCAUUACUCGGCUAGUCAUGAUAUUCAUGUUGCAGGAAGUGAUGCUGAUGAUGUUUGAUCACCAUCCAGAACAAAAAUUCUAUCCCAAAAUGUACAUUCUUUAACUCACCACCCGAUUAGUUCUUCAUGGACCAUUGGAUUCUUGAAUAGCUUAAGCUACUACAACUUCUUUAAGUUUGUCCUCUAUUGUGUAUGAUAACAUGGAAGCCGCCAUGUGUUGUUGCAAACUGACAUGACCAUCUGCCUGCAUUUGUUUGCAAUGACAAGACAUUACUAGUAGCAA